CGGCGGCGGCGGAGCGGGGCCCCGAUGGACCGCGGCCCGGGGCCUCCUCUUCGGCCUCGGCCUCCAUGUUCGCGGGGCUGCAGGACCUGGGGGUGGCCAACGGCGACGACCUGAAGGAGACGCUGACCAACUGCACCGAGCCGCUCAAGGCCAUCGAGCAGUUCCAGACAGAAAAUGGGGUCUUACUCCCCUCCCUCCAGUCUGCCCUGCCUUUCUUGGACCUGCACGGCACCCCACGCUUGGAGUUCCACCAGUCCGUGUUCGACGAGCUGCGGGACAAGCUCCUGGAGCGGGUGUCCGCCAUCGCUGCCGAAGGGAAGGUCGAGGAAAGGUACAAAAAGCUGGAAGAUCUCCUGGAGAAGAGUUUCUCGCUUGUCAAAAUGCCCUCUAUCCAGCCAGUGGUGAUGUGUGUCAUGAAACAUCUUCCUAAGGUCCCGGAAAAGAAACUGAAGCUGGUCAUGGCCGACAAGGACCUGUACCGCGCCUGCUCGGUGGAGGUGAAGCGUCAGAUCUGGCAAGACAACCAAGCCCUGUUCGGCGACGAGGUCUCCCCGCUGCUGAAACACUACAUCCUGGAGAAGGAGAACCUCGUGUUCAGCAGCGACCUGUCCGUCUUGCAUAACUUCUUCAGCCCUUCUCCGAAGACGAGGCGUCAGGGGGAGGUGGUGCAGAAGCUGACGCAGAUGAUCGGGAAGAACGUGAAGCUGUACGACAUGGUCCUGCAGUUCCUCCGCACGCUCUUCCUGCGGACGAGGAACGUCCACUACUGCAGCCUGAGGGCCGAGCUCUUGAUGUCCCUCCACGACCUGGACAUCAGCGACAUCUGCACGGUGGACCCCUGCCACAAGUUCACCUGGUGCCUGGACGCCUGCAUCCGAGAGAGGUUCGUGGAUAACAAGCGAGCUCGGGAACUGCAGGGCUUCCUGGACGGCGUGAAAAAGGGACAAGAACAAGUAUUGGGGGAUUUAUCUAUGAUCCUGUGUGACCCCUUUGCUAUCAACACCUUGGCCUUGAGCACUAUUAGACACCUUCAGGAGCUGGUGGGCCAAGACACCUUGCCCAGGGAAAGCCCUGAUCUAAUGUUGCUGUUAAGGAUGCUGUCUCUGGGGCAAGGCGCCUGGGACAUGAUUGACAGCCAGGUCUUCAAGGAGCCAAAGAUGGAAGUGGAGCUGAUCACCAGGUUUUUGCCAAUGCUGAUGUCCUUUGUGGUUGACGAUUAUACGUUCAACGUAGACCAGAAAUUGCCAACGGAAGACAAAGUGCCCGUUCCUUAUCCCAGUACACUUCCGGAGGGCUUCACCAAGUUUUUGCAAGACCACCGCAUCGCCUGCGAAGUCGGCCUGUACUACGUACUUCACAUUACUAAGCAGAGGAACAAAAACGCUUUUCUCCGACUCCUGCCGGGAUUGGUGGAGACCUUCAGCGACCUGGCCUUCGGCGACAUCUUCCUUCAUCUGCUCAUGGGGAACCUGACCCUCCUGGCGGACGAAUUCUCCACCGAGGAGUUCUGCACCAGCCUCUUCGACGGCUUCUUGCUCACCUCCUUCGCUAGAAAGGAAAACGUGCAUCGUCAUAUACUGCGACUCUUGGUUCACCUGCAUCAUAAGGUGGCACCCUCCAAGCUGGAGGCCCUGCGGAAGCUGUUGGAGCCCGGCAGCCAGAGCGGCGAGGCCAUAAAGGACCUGUACAACCAGCUCGGAGAGAAACUAGACCAUCGCAAACCCAGCCCAGCCCAGGCCCCGGAGGUGCCUGCCUUGGACCUGCCCCUGGCGACUGUCCCCACCCCAGCAUCGCUGUGA